AUGGACACUCGAACUGUUGGUGUUCUCGGCGGUGGCCAGUUAGGCCGCAUGUUCGUAGAGGCAGCCAACAACCGCAACAUCUCAGUCGCUGUCCUCGACAAGAAGGCCUCGCCAGCCAAACAGAUCAAUUCCUAUAAUGGGGUCGACGGGUCUUUUACCAACGCCCAAGCUAUCCGUGAGCUCGCAAGAAAAUGUGACAUCUUGACUGUCGAGAUCGAGCAUGUGGACACAGAUGUACUCGAAGAGCUAGAGAAUGAAUCCUUGGCACGAGGCAAAAGUAUUGAGAUCCAGCCUAGUUGGCAGACCAUUCGAAUAAUUCAGGACAAGUUCCUACAAAAGCAACGGCUUAUCGAAGCUCAAGUCGAUGUGGCUGAAUCACGGCCCUUCACUACAGUCUCUAGGGAUGAAUUGAAGAAAGUUUCUAACGAAAUAGGCUUCCCAUUCAUGCUCAAGGCUCGCAAAGGAGCGUAUGAUGGACGCGGCAAUCAUCCUGUCAGAUCAACUGAGGACUUUGAGCCAGCAAUGAAAAAUUUACAGGGACGAGAAUUAUACGCAGAGAAAUGGGCAGACUUCGCCAUGGAACUAGCCGUUAUGGUCGUCAAGACCAAAAAUGAAGCGGAUUCUUUAGUCUGGGAAUCGUCAACGAAGUCAUUUCCUACAGUCGAGACAGUCCAUCAGGAUAGCAUCUGCAAACUUGUCUAUGCGCCAGCUCGUGGACUCUCUGACAAACUGAACGCUCAAGCCCAGAAGCUCGCCAGACGGGCUGUUGCAAGUUUCAAAGGCAAAGGAGUCUUUGGCGUGGAGAUGUUCCUCCUCAAGGACGAUAGUAUCCUAGUCAACGAGAUAGCACCCAGACCGCACAAUAGCGGUCAUUACACUAUCGAAGCAUGCCGACUUUCACAAUAUGACGCCCACCUCCUCGCCAUUCUCGAUCGACCCAUCCCCGCCAAGAGUCUCCAACUGCUAAAUCCAGCUAUCAUGCUCAACAUCCUCGGUGGAGCAGAUCCAAACUCAUACCUGAAUCUCGCGAACGCUGCAGAUGCUGCCGGGGCCAAAGUCCAUCUCUACGGCAAAGGAAAUGCCACGAAAGGGAGAAAGAUGGGGCAUCUAACUUUGGUGGGCGACAGUAUGCCGGAAUUGGAAGAAGAAAUGCGUCAUCUUAUCACGGGUGCAGACAGACUCCAUGACGAGCAGCCACGAGAACAACCGCUGCUUGAAAAGCCUCCUGCUACCACCACCACUGCACCACAAACUCAACCUGAGCCCGUCGUCAGCAUAACCACUGGUUCAAAAUCCGACCAACCCCACCUCAAAGACUGCUACAACAUUCUCAAUCAACUCUCUAUCCCCUUUGAGAAGCGCAUCACGUCCGCCCACCGCACCCCCUCCACCAUGGCCACUUACGGCAGCACCGCCCCCUCCCGCAGCAUCAAAGUGAUCAUCGCAGCCGCCGGCGGUGCCGCCCAUCUCCCCGGCAUGGUCGCCGCAUUCUCCAAAACCGUGCCCGUGAUUGGCCUGCCGAUCAAGCCUACUAUCGGUGAUGGGUGGGACAGUCUUGUGAGUUGCACUAGUAUGCCUCGGGGUUGUCCGGUGCUUACGGUGGGUGUUAAUAAUGCGACGAAUGCGGCGUUGGGGGCUGCGAGGAUAUUGGCGGGGUGGGACGAAGGGGUUAGGGGGAGGUUGGAGGAGUAUGUAAACAGGGCCGAGGCGGAGAGUUUGGAGAAUGAUAGGAGGCUGCAAGAGGAACAUGAGCAGGAGGCCUGA